AUGCGUAGGACCAAUGUCGCUUGUCCGAUGAAUGCUCCGGUCCGCAAUUGGAUGUUGCGACUUUGCCAGACGUUGGUGUUUGCUGAUGAAGACGGAAGGCUUGUCCGUCAGCAUCCGGGGUGCACGCUAACGGUCCGCUGCGGCAAACCCCGCCCAAGGCCUCCAGUAGCUCGCGUUUCGAUCGCGACCAGCCCGUCCAUCAAUAUCGCAGAUGUUGAUUGCACAGUGUAUGCGCUUAGCGCUUCUUGCGUCUACAGCUUGGCCUACCUUCGUGUUGGAGUGAUGGGUAACACAUCAUCACAGCUUGCGGACACGACGCAAACCGAAGCUGCUGCGCAGCUGCAACCGCAGGGUUCGGAGAGUGUAGAUAGUGCCGGGUCACCCGACGGGAGCGAGGUGCGUUUUUCACUUCUCGCAGUCUUGCUUCGUUCUGACACUGCACAGAUCAUCGUACCCAGGCCGUGGUCGAAGGCCGCCUCCCCGAAGAAGCGCAAACGAACAACUUAUGACCACAAUGAUGUUGGGAAGGAACAGAUGGGACUGCAUAGUUCGAAGAAGGCACGCGGACGCCCGCGAGACCCGUCGCUACUCAAGCCUGGAUCUCCGAACAAGCCUGUCUCUCAGACUGCCAAUGGCGACGUUGACGAAGUUGUCUCUUCGCCUGAAGUACAGGCGGAGUCAACGCGGACCCAAAGGGGGGCACGGUCCGCCCAAAUAUCAGACAUGACUGUUGUCGAAAACGGUACCGGCGAGGUGAGAUCCAGUCUCCACGGUGGCACACAGACGGACGUCGACAACGUGACCGCCCCUGGGAGCAUGCCGUCUAACCACAUGGCGCCUACAUCGUUUAAGAAGCAUGCUCGGAAACACCAUGCUUCACCUAGAGAUGCUCAAACAGCAACUUUCAGUCUUCCGCAGGAGCGGGGACGGGGCUCUCGUCGACCCCGCAGCUUCGCUCAGGCUGAUCGAGCCGUAAUCGACGUCCCCGCGACGCAGAAAACCAACGCGCAAGCGCCAGCGCGUCGAAAGCGGCUCAAAGCGACUCCCUCAUCUGGCGCAUAUGCACAAGCGGAUCAUAGGGAGGCAGGGCCACUUAUUACAGCAGUCCACGAGCAGCCGCAGCAAGUGUUCACGGAGAGGAAGCCUAAGCAAAGCCGAUCGUCCUUAGAGGCAAGUGGGCAUCCUACUACUACUACGCCCAAGACGAACAAAGACUCAACGAAGCAAGUCAAUGACCAUACUGACGGACCGACUCGACAUGUAUUACCAACCAUUCCCGUGGCCGGCCGACUGCCGCGAGAGGGAUCAAGUAUCGUUCAAGACGCUACUACGAGCCAUGAUGCAACCGCACGUUCUACAGACAUUCCAACCCCACCUGUUUCUUCACAACAGCGUCAAAGGCCAGUCUCUCAGCGUUCAACAGGCAGUGUACCGAAACUAGGGGCGGACAUUGCGACCAGUAAUGUAUUCACCACCGUUCGUAGCGAUGCAAACAGUGGACCGCCGAUGCGCGGCGCAAAGGUAGAAAGCCGGCCGGCCUGGGCCGAGCAUCUUAUCGUCACUCGGGGCAUCAAUAUUGGCCGCUCACAACCCGUUGCAAAGCCAGAGCCUCUGCUCAACGGGCCAAAGUCCGGGAUGUUCACGGACGCGGAGAAGGCCAUUGCGGACGAUCUCGUUGAUCACUAUGCCCAAACAACCGGAUACGGUCCUUACGAACUCUGCAUUUUCCUUGGUCAUUGGCCAAACUCCGAACUGCAGGACUUUAAGCCGGAGAUUCUCAAAGCGCUUCCGAACCGAAAGAAUGCCGCGAUUCGGAAGUUCUGCGCAAGGCGAUACUUUCCCAGAAAAGAGGGACCGUGGACGGAGAGCGAGGAUGAGCGGUUAGAGAAGGCUCAUAUCGAGUACGGCGACAAGUGGGAGGAACUCGCAGAGGUCAUUGAUGACCGCACCGCCCAACAGUGCCGAGACCGGUGGCGGAACCAUGUGCAGUAUGAAGGUUACAUGGAGACUGGUGCCUGGAGCAGAGAGGAAGAAGCGAAACUUAUUCGUGCUGUGCAUGAGUGUAUGGACAUGGUUCGGGAGGAGAAGGUCAGGGCAGGUGAGCAGCGUAUGAAGCCUGAAGAUGUUGAGAAGCUAGUUAGCUGGGAUGCGGUCAGCAACAAGAUGAAGGCAUCAAGAGGACGCAAGAGGUGCAGCGAGAAGUGGCAAGCUCUCAAGCGGCGCCAUGGUGGAAUGAUCCCUGCUGUCCCCGCCGAAGCUACUGUCGUCCCGGUGGACGUCGAGCAGGCGGCCUCGGCAUCAGCCUUCGAUGACAAAACCAAGGCGCAGCGCCUCGUGGCGAAGAAGUUCGAAAAAUUCCAGACUGGAGACAUCUACGACGCUCUGGUGGAGGUCAUGUGGGCCAUUACCGAUCAUACCAAGACCUUUAGCGAAGACAGUACGCUCUGGAGCGCUAUUGCUGUUAGAAAUAAGGGCAGUCGGUUUGAAGGUGCAUUAAGACGCCGGGCCUACUAUUAUGCGCUAGAGCAGUACGGACAGAAGCCCGCUGUCAAGGCUGCAACUACUGUCGCGGCAAAGGCCAGAGAGAUGGUUUUGCGAUUUCAGCGCUUUGCAGCGAAGAAUGGUACCACGGUUGAUGACUUUGAAAGAGGGUACAUGCCAGAAAAGGCACCUCGCAGGCCGAAGAGGAAGGUACUCUCAGCUGAGACAGUGGAAGAGAGUAGCGAGAGCGAGGCGGAGCCAGCUAAGCCUUCUACAGCGUCGAAGAAGCGCAAAGCUGUUAGUCAUACGCAGGAGAGAAAGGUCUUGUCGGCUGUUAGAGUGGAGAACAGUAGUGAGGAUGAGGCUGCGCUGGCCAAGCCUUCUGCAGCGUCGACGAAGCGGAAAGCGAUCAGUCGGAGCGAGGAAGACGGUGUGGUCAUUCAGUCUAAUGGUGCGCAAGACGUCCAAUCACGAAGUAGCACGCAGGCGCAACGCAAAAAGCGCGCAACCCCAGCCAAGAAGGAUAAGCAUAGCAGCAAGGACAGUGCAGCUCUUCACCACGAAGCCGAGGUGGCGGCCAUGCCUCAGCAAGUACCCGAAGGCGAUCCGCCGCGCUAUGCAGCUCAUGACGAUGCGGAUCACCAGCCGAGAAUGGUGAACAUCUACCAGAACUUGGGUAGGUCGGAGUUCAUACAGCGGUGUAGAGAUGCGGGUGGCAGGCAGCAUCAGCAGCAUGCGAGGACGCAGAGGCAGAGAUUGUGA